UCGAGGGGGCUGGCCCGCCAGCUGCUGCCGCCGCUUUUCCCUGUCGCGGCCGCCAGUGGCGACAUGGAGGGGCCGGGCUCGCAGUGCAGGAAUCACAGCCAUGGCCCCCACCCUCCAGGAUUUGGUCGACAUGGAGUGUGUGCAUAUGAAAGCAAAGACCUUGCCAAGGCGAGAGAAGCCCUUCCUCUUAUAGAGGACUCUCGUAACUGUGACAUUGUAAAAGCUACCCAGUAUGGGAUUUUUGAACGUUGUAAAGAGUUGGUAGAAGCAGGAUAUGAUGUCAGGCAACCAGACAAAGAAAAUGUGUCGCUUCUUCACUGGGCUGCUAUUAACAACAGGCUGGAUCUUGUAAAGUUUUAUAUUUCAAAAGGUGCUGUAGUAGAUCAGUUGGGUGGAGAUUUAAAUUCGACUCCUCUUCACUGGGCCAUCAGACAAGGACAUUUGCCUAUGGUCAUAUUAUUACUACAGUAUGGAGCAGACCCCACCCUCAUUGAUGGGGAGGGAUUCAGCAGUAUCCACCUGGCAGUAUUAUUUCAACACAUGCCUAUUAUAGCAUAUCUCAUCUCAAAGGGACAGAGUGUGAAUAUGACAGAUCUGAACGGGCAGACACCUCUCAUGUUAUCAGCUCACAAAGUUCUUGGGCCAGAGCCGACUGGAUUUCUUUUAAAGUUUAAUCCUUCUCUCAGUGCGGUUGAUAAAAUACACCAAAACACUCCACUCCACUGGGCAGUUGCAGCAGGAAACAUUAAUGCUGUAGAUAAACUUCUGGAAGCCGGUUCUAGCCUGGACAUCCGAAAUGUUAAGGGUGAAACACCUCUUGAUCUGGCUUUCCAAAACAAAAAUCAGCUCAUUAUUCACAUGCUAGAAACAGAAGCCAAAAUGAGAGCUAACAAAAAGUUCAGACUUUGGAGGUGGCUGCAGAAAUGCGAGCUCUUCCUGCUGCUGAUGCUUUCUGUGAUUACCAUGUGGGCUGUCGGAUACAUACUGGACUUCAAUUCAGAUUCUUGGCUUUUAAAAGGAUGUCUUCUAAUAACAUUGUUUUUUCUGACAUCUUUGCUUCCAAGGUUCUUGUUCGGAUAUAAGAAUCUUAUCUACUUACCAACAGUCUUCCUGCUAAGUUCCAUUUUUUGGAUAUUUGUGACUUGGUUCAUCUUAUUCUUUCCUCAUCUAGCAGGCACCCCUUUCUAUUUUGCUUUCGUUCUUAGCCUAGUAGGCUUCCUCUACUUUUUCUACAAGACUUGGGCAACUGAUCCAGGCUUCACUAAAGCUUCUGAAGAAGAAAGGAAAACGAAUAUCAUCACCCUUGCAGAGACUGGCUGUCUGGACUUCAGAACAUUUUGUACCUCCUGUCUUAUAAGGAAGCCAUUGAGGUCACUUCAUUGCCACGUGUGUAACUCCUGUGUCGCUCGGUACGAUCAGCAUUGUCUGUGGACUGGACGGUGCAUAGGUUUUGGCAACCAUCACUAUUACAUAUUCUUCUUAUUUUUCCUUUCCAUUGUUUGUGAUUGGAUUAUAUAUGAAUCUUUCAUCUAUUGGUCCAGUCAUUGUGUGACGACAUUCAGAGAAGAUGGACUGUGGACCUACCUCAAUCAGAUUGUGGCCUGCUCCCCUUGGGUCUUAUAUAUCUUCGCUCUAGCAGCUUUCCAUUUCUCAUGGUCAACAUUUUUAUUAUUAAAUCAGCUCUUUCAGAUUGCUUUCCUGGGCCUGACCUCACACGAGAAAAGCAGCCUACUAAAACAGAGCAGGCAUAUGAAACAGGCAUUGUCCCUCAGGAGGACCCCAUACAACCUUGGGUUCACACAGAACCUUGCAGAUUUCUUUAAGUGUGGCUGCUUUGGCUUGGUGAAGCCCUGUGCGGUAGACUGGACGACCCAGUACACCAUGGUCUUCCACCCAGCCAAGGAGAAAGUCCUUCGCUCCGUAUGAAGAAAAGCGACCCCAGACUCUCACUCUGAUCUGAUUGUGUUUCUGUUGAUGUCCUCUGGUCUACAAGUGAGUGAAGGUUAAGAGUUCACCCAAGCCCCACAGAAAACGCAGGUGGUUUGUAAAGCUAUUUGGUAAAAACAGAAGUUCUCCAGAAAGGCACUACACUUUUAGAUUUAGCAAGAUGGACUGUUCCUGAACAAUCCUGGCAGACAUCUGAAAAAACUUUUAUAUUUUUCACAGGAAAAUACAAGUUACUUUUCUUUUGCGAUAAUAUUCACGAAU